UUCGACGGCGCGGCCAUGGCCGCCCUCAACGGUGCGGUGGAGAACGGGCAGCCUGACAGGAAGAUGCCGCCGCCGUUGCCGCGGCCCUUGCGGAGUUUGGAAGUGAAGUACACCAAGAUAUUCAUUAACAACGAAUGGCAUGAGUCUACAAGUGGAAAGAAGUUCCCCACCUACAACCCUUCAACGCUGGAGAAAAUCUGUGACAUUGAGGAAGGAGACAAGCCUGAUGUGGACAAUGCAGUGGAAGCAGCCAAGGCAGCAUUCCAGAGGGGAGCUCCAUGGAGACAGAUGGAUGCCCUCAGCAGAGGAAGACUCCUGCACAAGCUGGCUGAUCUUCUUGAGAGAGACAGAGUCAUCCUGGCAACUCUGGAAACAAUGGACACAGGAAAACCUUUUCUUCAAGCUUAUUUCAUUGACCUGGAAGGUUGUAUAAAAACACUCAGAUACUAUGCUGGAUGGGCUGAUAAAAUCCAGGGCAGAACUAUCCCAGUGGAUGAAAAUUUUGUCUGUUUCACCAGGCAUGAACCCAUGGGUGUCUGUGGAGCUAUAACUCCAUGGAACUUCCCCUUGCUGAUGCUGGUUUGGAAGAUGGCACCAGCACUGUGCUGUGGAAACACUUUGGUUAUUAAGCCAGCUGAACAAACUCCUCUGACGUCUCUGUACAUUGGCUCACUGAUCAAAGAGGUGGGCUUCCCUCCAGGUGUGGUGAACAUUGUGCCAGGCUAUGGCCCCACAGCUGGAGCUGCAAUUUCUACCCAUCACAGCAUUGAUAAAAUUGCUUUUACUGGAUCAACAAAGGUUGGGAAACUGAUCAAGGAAGCUGCUUCUAAAAGCAACCUCAAAAGGGUGACACUAGAGCUUGGAGGAAAAAACCCCUGCAUUGUGUGUGCAGAUGCAGACUUGGACUUGGCAGUGGAAUGUGCCCAUCAAGGCGUGUUCUUCAAUCAAGGGCAGUGCUGCACGGCUGCCUCACGAGUGUUUGUGGAGGAGCAGAUCUACCCCGAGUUCAUCAAGCGCAGCGUGGAGUACGCCAAGAAGCGCCUCGUUGGGGACCCUUUUGAUGCCAGAACUGAGCAAGGCCCCCAGAUUGACCAAAAACAGUUUGAUAAAAUUCUGGAGCUGAUAGAAAGUGGGAAGAAAGAAGGGGCUAAGCUGGAGUGUGGAGGUCUUGCCAUUGAAGACAGAGGCUUGUUUAUAAAACCCACUGUGUUUUCAGAGGUCACUGACAACAUGCGUAUUGCCAAAGAAGAGAUUUUUGGGCCAGUUCAGCCAAUUAUGAAGUUCAAGAGUAUAGAAGAGGUGAUCAGAAGAGCCAACAGCACAGAGUAUGGACUCACAGCUGCAGUGUUCACCAAGAACCUGGACAGAGCCUUGACACUGGCUUCUGCAUUGCAGUCUGGAACUGUCUGGAUCAACUGUUACAAUGCUCUCUAUGCACAGGCUCCUUUUGGUGGCUUUAAAAUGUCAGGCAAUGGCAGAGAACUUGGUGAAUAUGCUUUGGCAGAAUAUACUGAAGUGAAAACAGUCACCAUUAAACUCGCCCAGAAGAGUCCAUGAAAACAAAAGGCCUAAAAUGCUGACACUCUGAAUGUGACACAAGGGGGAUGUGUUCAGAGCGAGGGGGAGGGUAGGGGUAGAAGGGAAAAUGGCAACACCCAACUUUAUUCCUCUAGAAACACUGAAUCCACUGGACUCCAUUCUGUCAACUGGCUCUUCAGAAACUGAUUUAACAGCCCCUUCUGGCAGCAUAGCACACACUUGUGCUUUACAAAUCCCUGGCUGUACAUCUGUCUGCUACCUGUGACUAAAAUGCUGACCUGUCACAGUGUGUGCAGGACAUCUGCAUUCAAACUUCAGCCUGAAGCACUUGGACAUCAAUGGCAUGCUAGAGAGACUUCUGGUACCAUCAGCAUGGACUGGUAAACACCUUCAAAGCCACCUGGGUUUCACUUGGCAUCAAUGGACCUGAGCAGGAGGGUUAAUACAACUUGACUGAAGUUGGAGGAGUUGGUGUGAAGACUGCAGCUGGAGUCUAGGAUGGGAGUGCAAGCUUUCAUGGAAGGAUCUGUAAAGAAAUUCUCUCUUUGAAAGAGCUGUCUUGGUCUCUCUAAACAUGCAUUCUCCAUGUUGGUGACAUUCUAGCCCUGAAUGAGAUUUAGGGGGGGUUUCCUAGAGGACUCCUUUGGGGCCAGUAUUUCACCUGACAGAGCUAGACUUUAAAGUAUCCUUUGAACGUGAUGUUUUGGUGUGCCUACACUACACAUGCUGCAAAUGCAAGUUCCUGACUUGCUAACCCUUCUGGCUCCAAAUGAGUCACAGUUGUAUCUCAAACCUUCACUAUAGCACUUUUUGGAAGAGGAUUUUGCACUGUACUUACCGUGAUGACACAGAGUUGAAUGAUAAGCAUGUAGCAUGGUAGAUACCCACAGAAAACAUCCCACUCCAGUCCUUCUGAUCUGGAGGAGGGAGCAGAGGAGAUGCAAGAAGCUGUCCUGCUCUCUCUUUCCCUGUAACUUUCAGGCUGUGUGAACAUCUUUUCAUUUUUUGAGCCAGAUCUAUUAUUAAGAGAGUAAAACUUACAAGCUCUUCUCACUGCUUCUUUACUCCUGUAUGAAUGUAGCUUAAAAUACAUUUUUGGAAGUACAGUAUGGUAAGGCAGGUGCUCCCAAGCACACCUGGAGGUGCUAAAGCUGUGGGUGUACCAUGAAAUAAGCUAUGGCUGGACUUGAAUGUGUCAGCAGCAUUGCAGUCACUGUCCUCAUGAGUGCUGACAUCUUGUGGGAAGCACAGAGGAGCUGAUCCUUCACUGAGGAAUGAGCUGCCUUGGGUUGUCUCUUGCUUACAGUUGUAUAAGCACAAAUCCAUGGAGUGGCUGUCACACCAAGUUCAUGCUUUAGUAUCUCCUCCACUAACUUCUUUGCAUGCCCAGACAUUGAUAUGAGAUGAAUGACAAGCCACAUGCUGUCUUCAGUUCCUGGGCUCACUGCUUUCCCUCCUCCUCCCCCCAAUUCUCUGCUGGAGAACCACUGGCAAACGUAUGGGAAGAUCCAUGUCCACAGGAGCUGUAAGUAUGAAGGAGUUCAUGGUGUCAGCUUGUUAGGAGGUUCAGCUGCUUUCUCUGGGAGAGCAAACUGGUUGAGGUUCCUUAUGGCCUAUCAGGAGAUCUCCAUGGAGAGAUUGCCUGGAAUUUUCCAGAUGUCAGGGCUUGAAGCAGAAAUGCAGGUCUAACCUCUUUUCUCUGAUGCAAGCAAAGAUUUAACCAGUACCUUCCAUUGCUCAGAGAUAUGCCCAGCCAGUGACAAGGUUUGUAUUGCAUGACUUGACCUUUGUUUUUUUUUUUGGAGGGGGAAGGAAGGUGGGUGGCCAUAAGUAAGGAAAAAGUUUGCAUGAGCCUAAACUUCCUUAUUAGUUAGAGAAUAUUGAAAUUGCACUUCCACACUACUUCUAAGUGACAUACCUCCAAUGGCUGUGUAUAUCUUAGGUGCCUGUCCCCCCGUGGGUAUGUGAGACAGGUGACUCUCCCCAUCUGGUGAAGAAAAUGUCCUCCCUUCCCCAUGAAAGGCCAAAUGGGAACAUUGUAAAUAAGUUUCUAUUUUUGUAAAACACUUAAGAGUGCAAAUGUCUUCUCAGACAAAUGUUUUACUUUUGCCUACUUGACCACUUUUUAGGCCUGCAGUCAGACAGUAGGGAGGUCAGGCAAACAGUAAAAAGCUGGUUAUCUUGAUGUAUCUCUGCAUUAAUUUUUGAUAAGCAGUGGUUGAAACUGCAAUCAUCUGAAAUUCUGAAAAUCCUAGUAUCCUGGCUUUCUAUGUAUGAUAUAUAUUUCAACUCUUUAUCAAGUUUUUCUUUAAAAGUCAAUGUAUCUCUUACUGUAUAAAUCAGGGUUUGACUCUACACACUGAAUUUUCUAAAUUAUAUAACACUAGACACUAACUUUAAAAUAACCCCUUAGAGGGUAUAUAUUCUUUCAUUGCACAGUAAGGCUUUCAUAUGAAAUACUACUUUCUUUUUUUUAAAAAAAACAAACA